UCUUGUGAUCGUGUUUUUAAAAGGGCAUCUGCACCUGUCAGUCUCGGCAGCCGAUGCUCUACUGAAACGUCUAUAUAAAUGCUUAACGGAACAGAGUACCAAACUGUUUGACACGGGUCACCAGAAUUGUACUGUGAGCAUUCGGAAGUUUAUCAAAUGUUCACUUAGGUCUGUAAGCGUUUUUUUCUUUUAUUAAGCAGCUCAUAACCUGUAUCAGUCGCAGGCUCCAUACAGUUCCCUAUUUUUUGAGACUUUAUCAGUGUAACACUGUUUGAAUGUUAGAGGACGGUGGAUAAUGUCGCGGCGGGAUACAUUCGUGUUCACCUCCGCCACGCUGCGAGACCUGAGAGUGCAGCAGGAAUUGUUGGACUCGGAGACCAAGCGACGGGCGCUGGCGAGGUGGAGCGCGGGCAGGAGGCGCUUUUACCCCGAAGCCAGGAAGAUCAUCAUCCCCCGACCACGUCCAGGUGCGGAGCCCAAAUACUGCAGGGACGCCGCCUUCCACAGCGCCCUCUUCACGGGGGACCUCGACAAAAUCAAAUGCAUCUUUAAUGACGAGGCCACAUCGAAUAUGAUCAUAGAAACUCUCAACGAUGAACUUGCCUGGUCACCAGAAAUGGGGCUUUGGGCCUUGACCCCCAAGCUGAAGUACACGUCUGGGUUGCGCAUCACCUCUGGCAGGGGCUACACUGCCUGUGCCAAGCUGCUGCUGCACAAGGGGGCUGAUGUGAAUGCCAGCCCUGGGGGGCUCAGCGCUCUUCAUGAUGCCUGUGCCGGUGGCUUCACCGACUGCGUCCAGCUGCUCCUCAGCUACGGAGCCAACCCAAACAUCCUCUCCAAAGAGGGGAGCGCUCCCAUGCACCUCUGCUCUACCCCCAAGACCUUCCAGUGCGCCAAACUGCUCCUGGAGUUCGGUGCUAACGUUAACAUCCUGACCAGAGACAGCCAGAUGAGCCCUCUUCAUGUGGCAGCACAGCACGGCCUGGAGGAGCACCUCAACCUGUACCUGUGCAGAGGAGCCCACGUGUGCAGCCGCAACCGCGAGGGAGAAACAGCCCUCAAUGCAGCCUGUGCCAGCGCCGAGAAACCCGCGGAGGACAGGCAAUACUACCGCGUGGCGCAGAAGCUGCUCUCUGGCGGGACGGACGUGAGGGUGGGGGGCAAGAAGAACCACACCCCACUGCACAACGCCUGCGCCAACUGCAGCUAUCGCAUCGUGGGUCUGCUGCUCCAGCACGGGGCUGCGGUCAACCAGCAAAACUGCGCCGGAUACACGCCGAUGGACUGCGUCUUACAGGGGGUGGAGGGCUACUUGGAUUGGCAACCGGAGGGCAUUGUGCUGUCCUUGCUCAAUCACGGCGCUUCACCUGUCAAUCCCAAGAUGCUCAAACUGUGCUCACUAUCCCCCAGAACCAUGGAAGUGAUCCUGAACUCGUAUGAGCACAUCCCACAGUGUGACUCCUGGGUGGAGUCCGUCCCCCCUGAGCUAUGGCAGGAGCACCACACGUUCUACAGCUCUGUGGUGCAGAUGACCAACCAGCCUCGAUCACUGCAGCACCUGGCGCGCUGUGCCAUGCGCGGGUACCUUGACGGGCACUGCCACUCCGCCAUCACCCAGCUGCAGAUCCCUCAUUCCCUCCAGGAGUACCUGCUGCUCAGGAUCGAAGGCGUCAUCAAAUAAUGCACAGGGAUCACCAUUCAGUACAGCACAAGUAUUCUUUAAAAAAAAAAAAAAGAUUUUGAAAUGCAUUUAUUUAUCCCAGCUAUACCUCUCGAGCUAUACCUCUUGUUUUGAAAGGUCUUGGAAAAAAGGUAGUGGUAAUAAACUUGAGUACAUUCAUUAAAAACUGACAAGCAUUUAAUCUAUAUGGCUGUGUAACUCGCUGCCUUGAGUAAGGUUGCUUCUCCUUCUCCCAACAUGACCACAGUUACAAACAGCAUGUCACUGUACCAGUCUUGUGUCCUACCAAAACACUACCGGAAAGAAAGACAAAGAAGCAACAAUUACUAGCACGACUAAUAACAAAUUAACAAAAUAACACCACUAUAUUUCCCACUUAAGAUCUCACCAAAUCUACAAUUCUCUCCUAUCUUUGCACCUUUUUUCUACCUCUUCUUUGCCCUUGUGAUUUACAUGAACUAGCCAUUCUCACCUCUGCAAGCUUAAUGUCCCAUUUGUGGAUUAUUAGCACACGUAUAUUUCUCUUAAUGGGGCCGUUAUGCGAUCAUUCUCACUUUAUCAAUCACAGGUGGAGUCAGUGCUGUAAGGCUAUGAAUUGAAACUCAUUUCAACAUUGAAGACUUACAGUCGAAAUGUUUGUCAUUUAAUUUAUUAAGAUUAUUUUACCAAUGACCAAUGUUAUAGUGCGUUCACCUAAAAGGACGUGCACCAUCCGAAUUCGAGAGAAAGUUAAACUCAACGAAACAAGUAGAUUUCGUGCAAUGUGGGAGCUCUAUAGCACAGCACACUGCGUACCUGCAGGCAGAUCAUGAAGGCAGCAAGAAUGCAAACAUUGUAUAUUUCUAACUAACCUUAAGAUCCCAACGAGAUGGCAUUUUAAUAUUUGAAUGUCAGGUAAUCUUCAGGUUCAUCAUGUCAGUCAUUAAGGGAUACAGAUGGUUAAAUGACAGGAAAACAGGCAUUGAAGGACUUGAGAGAAUUUUACUCUCCAGGUGAAAAGACCUGGGAAGUGCAAGACUACCUGAAAGUAAGACAUGCAAACUGAGAUAUUUCUUUACAUUUGUAUGGUACCAGAUAUAUUUGUAAAAAUAAAAAAAACAGCUUUGCUGUGUGUUUCUUUCAAAAUGGCACAUUUUCAUUUUUGUCCCAAACAAUCAAUAGACUUUACACCAUCUAUUAGCCCCAACAGUAAAACAUAAAACAAUUUGAAAAAGUGAGACAGCAGUCUUUCACAGGAAGUAGUGUCUCGAACUGCUUCACAAUUAUAAAGCAACCACUGACAGAAAGGGGCCGCUAGGAGUGGAAUGGAAUCAGCACAGUUUGAAGAACAUAAAAUCGGUUUCCAUUUUUCCAUUUUUGUUCUGCUUUUAGGAAUGAGGACGAUUUUAUACAGGAAACUGGAAUUAGGACACUGGGAUUAGGACAUCGGUAUUAGGAUACUGGGAUUAGGACACUGGAGUUAGGACACUGGGAUUAGGACACUGGAGUUAGGACACUGGGAUUAGGACAUCAGGAUUAGGACACCAGGAUUAGGACAUCGGGAUUAGGACACUGGGAUUAGGACACCGGGAUUAGGACACUGGGAUUAGGACACCAGGAUGUUUAUGUCUGCAAAGGGAACACACUACACUUUGGUUUAACACCUCAUUUGAAAACCUUGAUAAGGGUAUGAAAUAACAGUUAUUUUAACUAAUGUAUUCUGUGUGUUAUUUCUAUAUCAUUUUCUUCUUCAGUCAUGACAUCUUGUGACUUUUUUAAAACUCAGAAGUUUAAAGCACCCCUGUGACCUCAGUAGAGCUCUCAAACAUCCUCUCAAUGUACAGCUAGUACAGCAGAGUGUAACCAUUAACCUGUCCCCCUGUUAGAAACACCACGUUUAUUAUAUUAGUAUAUCUUUAUUUAAACCCCUACAACAAAUACCCCUGAUUUUAACCACAAUGAAUUCUGUUCCAACAAUGAAACCAUAACAUUUUCUGGCUUCUGGAAAACCCAAUUCUCUGCUGUUUUUAAUUUGGAAUAUUACUUUGACAGCACUUUAAUACCUCCAGCAUUUUAUAAUGCUCUGUUUAAUCCCUAACCGAUUAUAGUAUUAGUGCAUGAACUUGUUAGUUCCGUUUCAUUGUUAUAUGUGAGUUUUGUUCCAUAUCACAGGACAUGAAUUCUGCAAAGUGAAGAAUUAAUUGAAUUCCUAUCAGCUGUUUGUGUGACGAGAGCUCAUAAACGCAUUCUAAUAAACAGAUCAAAACCAAUAGAACAUGCUCAGUCAUGUCAGCGAGGGAUUAGUGGCUGGAUAAUCUUUGCCCCACAGGGAUUAUAUUCAUGUACUGCCAAUCUCUAUAAUAUGGGCUCUCUGAUCUGCCUGCGUCUAUAUGCUACUCCAGCAGUGCACUCCUGCAGUGCUCCUUUUAUACUGGUCUCAUUACAGAAACUCCCAUAUUGUUCCUGCUUGCUUAGCGACUAAGGUACAGCAUGCU